UUUUAUUUCUACAAAUUGACGGAUAGCGAAAUUUGGUACAAAAGGAAAUUUUGGUUUUUGAAUUAGGAAAAUUACUUUUGCAAAGUGGAAGCACUGUCAAUAAAAUGGAAGAACAUGCAAGUUGAGAUUGGAAAUGGUGGAUAAAAAUAGAAAUGACUCAUCUGGGAAAAAUGAAGAGUUGCUUUCGGAGCAUAAUAUUUUGAACAAAUUUCAAAUUUUCCUUGACAAUAAUAUACAAAUCAUAAGAGUGAGUUAAACUGUGCCAUGAAACACAUUAUAGAAUGAAAAAUGAAUUUUGAUUGAUAAAGUGGGCAAAUUGAUUGCAUGUGAAAUUAUUUUUCAUUUGUAGAAUGCGGUUUGGAUAAUCGGUGGCAUUGGUUUGGUAAUCAUUGUUAGAAGAACUUACGCUGUAAGUGUUGUGGGUUGCAGCAGUUGCAAGACAGAUUGUUGGAAUGGCACUACUAAAGUGCAUGGUGGUCGGACUUGCGGCCCUGGGAAUUCAGUGGCACAGUCGUCCAGGAAAGUGCUUUUCACCUUUGCGAUUGUGGAUCAGAUAUCUAUUUUUAUAGACUCUACUAAAUUAUCCAGUUAUGCAAUAUGCAUGUGAAAAGAGUCAAUUCAUAACAUGUUGCUAUAUUAGUAAAAGAAAUUUUGUCUAAGCAGUCACCAGUCAAAUCCUAACCACACUACAUACUGGAUUCCUCAUUCUAGCUGCCAGUACAUAUAUACAUACAUAAAUAUCACAAUUGUUGUAAACAUAAACACUCAAUGCUACUAUGAUAUUGAGUUCCUUAUAUAGUAAACAGCAGCUGUAUGAACUAAGAGAUACAACUACCUGAAAAAUACAAACAGUUUGUAUUUUUAAUGUAAUUGUGUCUCCUACAUGCUUUUGCUGUUGUUAUCAUUGCUACCUACAUUGGCACUGACAAUUCUUCAUAUAUAUGGUAAUAGGCUACCUUCUAGGCCAUUUAACUAUUCUGAUUAACCCAACUUUUAAAAUUAGACUCUCUUUUAAUGGCACAACUUUUAUCCACAAGCCAAACUUCCUAGUAACAUCUUUCUGCCGCGGCAGACAACAUCUUUCUGCUUGCGCUGGGUAUGGAAAUUAUAUAAUACACACUCUAGAACAUUUUCAUCUUAACAUAUUACGGAGUGUACAAUUACACAAAUAACAUAACACUUGCAGAACUAGUACUGUUCGAUGCUGAAUUAAUAUAAUAUAACAGCUCUAUGACUGUACAAUCAAGAAAGGAUUGCUCCUAUCUACAUUUCUUCUUUUCCUCUUAUCUCUUAAUUUAGGACCAUGUCAUCUUGCUUCUAUAGUGUAUUUUCUUCCACAUAUAAAAGUCUUGCACCAUCCACCUUAUAAGUCCAUUCUCUUCCAUAAUCUACUUCAUUUCAACACUCCAUCUUAUCGUUUGUCUUCUUCUGGAUCUUUUUCUCCCAUAGAUUUUUCCAUGCCCUCUUAGCUAAAUAGCUCAGCAAAUGGCCAAACCAUCUCAUUCUUGCUUCUACUUUCCUAACUAUGCUUUAAUUAAACUUCUACUCUUCUUCUAACCUCCUCGCUUAUAAGAUGCUCUCUAAGUGAUAUUCUGUAUAGACAUAUUUAUUUUUCAUUAGCGUUUACCCAAGAGCGUGAAGCUCAUGAGCUACGGGGCUCACGCGACACAUUCUUACAAUGAAAAUUUUCACAUUCAGAAAGUUGGACAACUGGAUCUCUUAUCAGCCAGAUUAACACAUAUUCAACUAUUUAAGAAAACCAUAGGCGUACCGGGCGGGGGGGCGGGGGGGGGGCGGCAGCCCCCCCAGUUUUUUGGGCAGUCGGGCAAUAUUCGAUCAACAGUCGGGCAAUUUUGGUUUGCAAUAAAAAAAAAUGGGACAAAUUCUGUAAUUUUGACAAAUUCUGUGUCUUCUUUGGCAAAUUUUGUGAUUUUUCGAAAAUUUUUGUUAUGUUCCGAAAAAUAUUGGUUGUCCGGAAAAUUUUUUUGACCCCUAAAAUGGUACACUGACCGAAAUUUUUUUGGCGACGGGGGGGGGGGGAGGUCGCCAAAAUAAUUUUUCCGGAAAAAAAUUUUUGGUACUAGUCGGGCAGAAUCCCGAAAAGUCGGGCAAUUUUCUUCCCGCCCCCCUAAUUUUUUCCUUCCGGUACGCCCAUGAAGAAAACGUUUAGUUUCCGUUAUGUAUUGUUGAACGUAAAAAUAUUCAGAUUAUCUAACGUAUCCAAAUUCGUAGAGCCGUGAAGAAAAAUGUUGACUUUUUGUAAAUCCGACAAGAGAUACCAGUCAUUGCCAAAAAUUUGUGCAGUACUCGAGAGUACAUUUUCGAUCAUAAAUAGUAAAUUUUACUGAUCCAUUCUAAACAAGGUUUUUAAGGUCUUCAAAACAUCUCAUUCCAGCUCCUAGUUUCUUGACUAUGAAGUUUACUCCAGCUCUUCCUCGUUUUGACACGUUCUCGGAGUGAUAUUCCUUGCAUCCAUUUCAUCAUUCUCAUUACAGAUCUCUCUUCUGCACGUGUAAAAAUCUCACGACUUGCCAACAAGAUAUGUUCGCAACAGGCUUGUAGCAAGCCUGCCAACAAGUUGUAACAAUGUUGUCAUUAUAUCAAGUUGCUGCAAGUUUGUCAUGCACUCACAACUUGUUGACAAAUUGUUGAAUUGCAGGACGAUAACAAGUUGUUGUUGGAACAACUUGUAACAAGUUUGUUGAGCUCAACAACCUUGUAGCAAGUUAUCAGCAAGCCGUUGACAACUUGUCAACAAGCUGGGAACAAGCAGUGCGAACACAUCCUGUUGACAAGUUGUUGGAAAAGCAUUGCUACAAGUCUGCUGCAGGUUUUUUACAAUUUGUGCGUUUUUAAGUCGGUAGCAUUUCUUUCCUCAGAAAAGGUUUGCUCUAAAAUUUUUGCUUCAUCUAGCUGCAUCAUUUCACGAAGCAGUCAUCCAUACCAGAAAUAUACUUCAGAAACAAUGUCACAUUGACUGGGAAGGUCGUAAAGGUCCACAAUAAUGGCUGUCUGGGUAUCCUACACUUGCCUUUGCUGUGGAGAGCAAGAAUAAAUUACAUCUCCAAUCCAGGUAGUAAAAGAGACGCCAUUCAGUGAAUGUUAUGGGGCACGAAUUCUCUGUAUAAAGAAGAAUAAGCAUUAUUUUCCCACUCUGAUAAUUGGCUGAGUUGACGACCAUCUUGCUGUACGAACUCGAUAGACUGACCGGCUUAAUGUCAGUAUUUUCGAUUUCGUAGUCCUAAGCAUAUCUCUUUCUGUAUCUAGAUUCAAGCUUGUUAAAUGUUAAUGUAACUGGAAUUGAGUUACAAAGUGGUGGUGUUGAUUAUCUUAAUACGCAACUACCAAACCAAAACAUUAAGUUUCAACUUCUUGGCAAGGAUGAAUGUGAUAAUAUAGAAUCAAUUAUUUCUCAAAAUAAGGUGUGUAUGUAGUCCUUCAAAGCCAGUGCUUGGGAAAACUAUAGGAAACGUUGUUUCUUUUAAUAGCCAUGUUUCCCGAAGGUGAGCAAACCAGGAAACAUUGUUUUCUACCCAAUAUUCUCCGAAGGUGGACAAACCAAGAAAGUUGAAGAAACAUUGUUUCCUAGCUAGACAAGUUUCUGGGAUUAUGGACUAAUUUGGGAAGCAAAAUAUGUUUCUGAAUUUGUUUGUAAACAUUUUUGCUUCUUAUAAAGCCAAAUUUGUCCCAACAAUGUUUUCUAGUUUGCCCAGACCUUUGAGCGGGAAAUAUUAUUAUGAAAAUAAGAAUCUUCCAAUUAUUCUAUUUUGAAAUUCAAAGCCUUCGAUCAUUGUUUUAUCAGGGCUGGUUGCGAAGGAGAUCCUGUAUAAAUGAAGAAAUAAUCAGUCUUGGUUUUGCCACAGCAAAACACGUUCCGGCCUUGUGCGAUGUCAAAGCAUACAACCUGCUUAUUGAAAGACUAGUCAAAGCCGAAGUGAAAGCAGUGAAGAAGAAAUCUGGUAUUUGGAAAGAUGAUGUAAACGAUGGUAUAUUCUACAGGACUUGGUCGUGGUUAAAGAAGAAAGUGUUUAGAAGAUGAUGGAUUGGUACAGAGUCUGAAAUGACAGUCGGACAUCAGACUUUUUCCGAACAAAAGUACCAAUCAGUUUUCUUGAAGUAACUAUGAGUUAACCAAAGAAUGCACUGAUACGAUCAGUCCGCAAAGAAGGCACAAUUGUUAAAUUUAGAAGUAUUUAACCAUACUGUAAAUAGUGUUUGCAAUAAAGUAUUAUUUAUUGACGGACAAUUAAUGUCUGCAUGUUAUUUUAGGCUCUGUUGAUAUUAUUUAAAAAAUAUGAGACAGAGUAAAUGGUAGUACGUCAGUUUCAAAAAUGUUGACACUUUUGUAGGCAGCAAAUAAAACUGCAUCUUUCAAUUCAAUUUAUUUGCCUUCGAA